AUGAUCACCUUCAAUUUCUAUGACAAAACAAGCCAACUACAGGUGUGUCUUAAACAUAACAUUGAUGAAAUUGAAGGUGCUGAGCAGUUCAUUGAUGCAGCCAAGAUGAUUCCCCAUUCUGAUUAUAAUUCAUGGACUUUUGAUAAUGACAUCAUGCUGAUUAAGUUGAAGUCACCAGCUACCCUCAACUCUAAAUUAUCUACUGUUUCUCUGCCACAGUCCUGUCCAUCAGCUGGUACUGAGUGCCUUGUGUCUGGCUGGGCUGUUCUGCAAUUUGGCUUCAAGAGUCCUUCUUCUGUUCUUCAGUGUCUGAAUGCUCCGGUCCUGUCUGACUCUGUUUGUCACAAGGCCUACCCACUUCAGAUCACUAAUAACAUGUUCUGUCUUGGCUUCCUGGAAGGUGGAAAGGACUCUUGCCAGUAUGACUCUGGUGGCCCUGUGGUCUGCAAUGGACAACUCCAGGGAGUUGUUUCCUGGGGUGUCAGCUGUGCUUUGGAAGGGAAACCUGGUAUCUACACCAAAGUCUGCAACUACCUGAAUUGGAUUAAUCAGACCAUUGCUGAAAACUAA